AUGGCGAUGGUCUCUAUGUCAUUUUCUCUUCCUAACCUUAACAUACGCCGAGUCGACCGAUGCUCUGGCAGGGCAUUUGCAAGUGUAAAUAAAGAAACCAGCACAACCAUAGGAGUGAAAGUCGCGGAAGGUGAAGGUAACUUGCCUAAGGUUGUCCUCACUUCUCCUCAUGGUAGUGAGGCAGAGAUAUAUCUAUUUGGAGGUUGCAUUACAUCUUGGAAAGUUCCCAGUGGAAAAGACCUCCUUUUUGUGAGGCCAGAUGCUGUUUUUAACAAGAAAAAACCAAUCAGUGGAGGUCUUCCACAUUGUUUCCCACAGUUUGGCCCCGGUGCUAUUCAGCAGCAUGGAUUUGCAAGGAAUUUGGAUUGGUCAGUUAUUGAUUCUGACAAUGCGGACGGCAAUCCUGUGGUAACCCUUUUGCUUAAGGAUGGUCCUUAUAGUCGUUCCAUGUGGGACUUUGGUUUUCAAGCUCUAUACAAGGUCAUGCUAGAUGCAAAGAGCAUUUCCACAGAAUUGAAGAUCACAAAUACAGACAACAAGCCAUUUUCAUUUACUACUGCUCUGCACACAUACUUCCGCGCAUCUGUAACAGGAGCAUCAGUGAAAGGUUUGAAAGGUUGCAAAACCCUAAAUAAAGAUCCAGAUCCUACCAAUCCAUUGGAGGGUAAGGAGGAAAGGGAUGUGGUGACUUUCCCUGGAUUUGUAGACUGCAUUUAUCUUGAUGCUCCAAGUGAGUUGCACCUAGAUAAUGGUUUGGGCGAUGUAAUAACUGUCAAGAAUACAAAUUGGUCGGAUGCUGUUUUAUGGAACCCGCAUCUUCAGAUGGAAGCACGCUACAAAGAUUUUGUUUGCGUUGAAAAUGCAAAGCUUGGAAAUGUCCAGCUAGAGCCUCAGCAGUCCUGGACAGCUAAGCAGCAUCUUAGCAUUCUCUGA